AACAACUGUUUUUUUUUUAGAAUGUUCCGAAUGCGUGUGUGCAACGUUAUCCAUCCCGGCAUUAGGCAAUUUAUACUGCGCACCGCAGUGCUCAACUAUUUGAGCAAAUGUCUACAGGCACAGUGGAACGAUUGGCAGAAUCAGCGGAUGCAUUUGCGUGCACUGGGGGAGGAGAAUACGAACGCAGCUGAUGCGGAUGUUGUCACAGAGGAAGCACUUGCGAAGGCGGUACGUGCUAAUCUCAACCAGACAAUUGAGGAGCUGGCCAGGAAAGUUGCCGCCACACAUAAGCUGCUGCAGCGCGAAUACAACGAGCUGUUCACGUACAUGAUGGACAAGCGGGAUCUGUGGGACAGUUCUGAGUACUUUAGGGCCAAGACGGCGCUGGGCGCAGCCAAUCGCAAUCUGAGAACAUAUAUGACCGCAGACAAGUGAUGAUGACAGCGAUCAGUUGACGGCAAACAACAUUUCGAUUCUAUAAACACACUUUUUUGUAACUCUUCAAAUUAUACAUUAAGUGCUCCAAUUA